GUUUACACGCAGGAGGGGAAACACGGCAUUGAGGGAUCGGCCACGCUGUUUUACAUGGUGCACUGUGGGAAAGCCUUGUACAACAACCUGCUGUGGAGGAACUGGUCUGAACGGGCUCUGUCCAAAAUGGUCAUCAUUGGGAACAGCUUUAAAGGAAUGGAGGAAAGAGUAUUGUCAGCAAUAUUGGAGAGAGAUUAUUCUUACAUAGCAAAGGUCUUGAAAGGGACAGAGGAGGUGGCGCUCCCCGCUCACCCUCGCUACCUCGACACCUUUAAUGACACCUCCGUCCACUGGUUUCCCUUGCAUAAGCUGAAGGAACUCUCCCCUGAGGUCUGGGACUUUGUGGAGGAGCCAAGGUACCAAGACUGCGACGACUUGGAGAUCAUCAGAAAGGACGACAGAGCUGAUGGGUGCAGUUCCGUUGCCGCCGAGUCCUGACCACUCUCAGCGGCAGCUGGGGGGGGGGGCUCGGGGCUGCCUCUCUUCCCCCAGCAGCUUCUGCACAGCCAAGAUGUAGCUGAAGCACCGACAGUGUCAUUGUGCUCCACCAAAAGUGGCAACACCUGAACACUUGAGCAUGAUGGGAUAUUUUUGUAUCUUAAUUAUUUAAUAAAAGGUCCUUGAAGUUCAUUGGCACAGAGCUGGCAGCCAUGCCGAUGCCACGCUGGGCCAUGUUUUCAGCCU